AGGGGUAGCAAUUUGCCUCGAUCUUUGCAGGGCCCUAUGGGAAUCCUUGUUACAGGGAUGGGGUGGGGAGGAAUAUUCCUUCCUGCGGGGCAGGGAUGGAGGGAAUUUUCUCCCUGUGAAAUUUCACGGGAAAUUUUCCUCACCUUUUUCUCCUCACUCACUCUCACGGCCUCACCUUCGACUUUCCCCUUCCCUUUUGGCUUCUACUGUUGGAGCCUGGAGUUGUUGUCGGGAUUUACUGCUGGAGCCUGCUGCCUGGAACUAUUGUCGGGAUCUGCUGCUGGAGCUUGGAAAGCCUUGAGCUACUGCAGAUCUGCUGUUGGAGCCUGGAGCUACUGUCGAGAUCUACUGUUGGAGCCUGAAGAGCCUGGAGCUGCUGUCGAGAUCUGCUGUUGGGAAUGGGAAAUGGGAACGGAGAAAUGUUAUAUAUAUUUUGAUAUUAAUUGGUGGAGAAUGGAGAUCCCUGUGGGGAUUCCCAUCCUCGUGAAUCGAGGACGGAGAGGAAGUCCUUGGCCCCGUGGGGCCCUGCUAACAUCCUUAGCUAAGAUCGAUGUUGCUUCUUUAUUUAUCAAAAAUUCCCAUCACUAGUUUUGAAAACUAAUAUCAUGCUUUCAAUUAUAUGUGAACACGAGGAUUUGGCUCAAAGAAUAAAUCCUAUUGACAUUG